AAGUGAAAUUAGUGCACCUGAAAGUGAUUAUGCGUCACAAAAACAGAAUUCCUUCAGUUGAUCGUCCACCAGCAGCACUGCCAACAGUGAUAGUGUCCUCAAAUCUCAAAAAAAUGCCGUUUUGUUAAUUUAUUGGAAUUUUCAACGUGUCGUGACAUUCAGUGAUUGCUUUUCCAUAAUUGCGAUAAUGAUAAGGAUAUGUCGUUUCGUGCGAUGAAACAACAGAGUCAACAAUUUAAUAAAAAUGAGCCAUCCGGUACCAGCCCCCAGGUCCAAUGCGCCCGAUGUCAAAAAGCCAGUCCCCACACCACGCAAAAGCACAAAACUAAAACCUGAACCCCCUGAAGAGCACACCAACACCUUCUCCAGAAGGGUUCGCUCUUUGAGCAAUGCUUCACGACAAAUCGCCGAAGAUAUCGGCGAAUUGGUCCAGGAUAAGAAGAAAGCUAUGAUUGCGGGAACUAGACAAAGUGUUCGGAGAAUCACCAAGCGUUUUAAUUCGUACCACUCAGAGUCCCCACAGGACCCUGAGCCCGCUGAAGAUGAUUUUGGCGAUACCCUCGAUAUUUUCAACUCGAUCAGUUUCCAAUCGCCGCUCAGUUCAACUUCCGCCAUUUACAAUAAUGUGGAGGCGGAGGAGUUCAAUGCGCCGCCUCCGACACAUCCACCGCCUCCAUUGCCCCAGGAGUGCAUCUACGAUGCCCCAGCUUCCAUUUCUGGGGGCAGUACAAGCAAUUCCGAACAGUCAAAUCUAGGGAAUUAUCCACCGAACUAUGAAAGUGUUUUUCCCGUUUAUUCAAACAGUGAUUCGGAUUUAUCCAGAUCCGGUUCGUGGAGAUUCUACGAUCCGGUCAAUAAAGUCGAAAAUAUUUACAAUGAUUUGGAUGUGACAGUUCAAAGGACUGAAUGCGAUGUUAAUUCGAAUGUGAGCGAAUUUUCCACGGAAGUACGAAAUUCGUUGUACGAAAAUCAUACAAUAGCGGCAAGAGUACAAGCAGAGAAGAAAUGUCGAGAGAGUGUUAUAAUGCAGUUUGAUCCGUUGAGGACUGGUAGCACUGUUGGUGAAGAUGUGUGUUUCCCCCAAUCCGUUCUUCCAUCCGAAGACAUCAAAAUGCUCGAGGAAUAUUUUCAAGGCGAUCUUUAUGGCAAUGUUUCCAUCACGCGAACUUUGGAUGAAUGGAGCAUUUCAAAUGAUUCGGAACCGGAAGAAUUUAUCACACCUCCAAUGCCUCCAGUUCGUAUCGAUUCUCUCCCAGAAGAAGAACAAUCACCUCGAGAAAAAUCGCGAAGUCAAUGGUUUACUAGUUCCGAUUCUGUUAAAGAAAAUAAGGAAGAACCGAAAAAAUUCGGAUGGUUGAAACAGAUCAAGGGGGCACUUGAAAAAGCUCCCGAAGUGGUCAAAGGUGUGAGAAAUAAAGAUACAGUGGUCCAGAGACCCGAAUUAGAAAUUAAAAGUUUUGUACACAAGAAAGGAAUGUUGUAUAAGGUGCAAAGUGGACCUGUUGAAGAUUUGUUCGGGGAGUACAGUGGAAGAUGGUGCAUUUUACAGAAUUCAAAUUUUAUUUGCUACUCGGAUAGCACUUGUGAUACAGUCAAGGAGCAUUUUCCGGCCGAGAGCAUUCUAAGUGUGCAAAUUUUGCAAGAUCCUAAAUUUAAAUACAAAUACGACAACGACGACCUUCACUGUUUCGAACUAAACACGACGGGAAAAAGUCGCGGAGGUCACAUCUAUGGAACACGCGACAUUUCUGAACGACGCGUUUGGAUGCAAUCCAUUGCCGAAAGUCUAACAAAGAAAUUCCCUGUGAAAAUCACUACCGAUUACACACGUAUGGGCUGGGCAUACCUUCGGGAAGGUGUUGGUGGACGAUGGGUGGGCGCUUGGCUUAUGCUAUCCCACAGGACUUUGUACUAUGCCGUUGAUAAUCAACCGACUAAAACGAUGGAUUUGAGAAAAGUACGAUGUAUGGUAUUACAAGUAUACCAAGAGAAUGAUAACAAUCCAAGGACUAAUGAUAAAGGGCCGAAUAUUGUGGUGGAUACACCUGGUGUAACGCUUUAUUUACGCAUGUGGACGUCUAGGGAAACAAAGGUUUGGUGCCAUAUUGUUAAGCUGGCAGCACACAACAAUGGUGCUCAUUUGGAUCAGCAACAGUUGACGAAAAAUGAUAUUCCAGUUUUAGUGGAAAAGUGCAUCAAUUUUAUUUACACUCACGGAAGCAUGACUGAGGGAAUUUACAGACGUCCAGGCACUAACACUGCAGUUGCAGAAAUUUUGGCGAAAUUCCGUAAAGACGCUUGGGCAGUACAAUUAACAAUUGAUAAAUAUACAGAACAUGAUGUUGCGACUGCUUUAAAGCGAUUCAUCAGAGACAUACCUGAACCAGUUCUCACAAACAGCCAACGGCAAUAUUUACAUCAAGUUUCAUUGGUGAAGAAUAAAGACGAAAGGAUAAGAAUGUACAAAGCAGCUCUCGAUCAGCUCCCGCCUAUUUCAUACAAAACGGCGAAAAAACUCCUCGGACAUCUCCACUUUAUUGCGUCACAAAGCAAAAAAAAUCUGAUGAAUGUCGAUAAUUUGGCUGCAGUUUGGGGACCGAGUUUAAUGCAUCAAGAAGAAAAGGAUAAUAAUUCGGUUGGAAACACCAAACACGUUCAAAACACUGUAGUUGUACGACAGUUGUUGGAAUUAUAUAGGGAUAUUUUUCCAGAGGAUCCCGCCGAAAUUGAAAAGGAAAAAGUCAUGUUACAAGUGUUGGAAAAGCACACUAAGGCACUACAAGGUGCAGCUAAUAAUGCAAAAAAAGCUGGCGAUUUUCGGGUGUGGAUUUAUUUGCAUAAUAAGGAAGGACAGCCAAUGAAUGUUGCAAUUGGCCCAAAUAAGACUGCGUAUGAAGUUUGCGUGGAGCUAAGUCCGAAAAUCAAUAUGCCGGUACACGAAUUGGUUUUGGAGGAAGUUGUUUUGAACGAUAGAUUACAACGACCUGUGCAUUUUUCCGAAAAGGUUUUGGAUAUCGUCCUUCGGUGGAGUUAUUGGGAGGAAUCCGAUCGAAAAGACAAUCAUUUAGUCCUUCUUCCUAUAGCAAAAUAUUCCGACUUUAUUCACGACAAAUCGACACCAGUUUCAGCAGAACUCAAAUUUUCCGAUAACAGAUCAAGGAAUUUCAAGUUGUACACGUUUGAAUUUUCCCAAGCCAAGCUUAACUGUUUUAAGGAUAAAACGUGUGAGGAGAAACUCUUCACUUACAACAUUGAAGACAUCAUGUGGUAUUUAGGUCACGAAUCUAAAAAAAAUCCACAAUCGCGGUGGACAAUCACAUUUAUCGAAACUAAAAUGCAUCCACAACGUACUAAAAACUGUCCUUAUUUCGGUAAUGUGUUGGUUUGGGGUGAUCCACAAACCAGAGCCAAAUGGUUGGGUGCAAUGUUGAAAGCGAGAUAUAGGGAGAGUUUGAUACAGCCAGCUAUGCAUAUCAAUUUAAUGGUUAAUUGAGUUACCAAAUUUACUUAUUUUUUACUUAAAACGCACCUUUUUAUGUACGUAGCUAAUAAUGAUUUCUGUGUAUUUCUUUUAUUUGCGUGACAGUAAGUGGCAAAAUUUUAACGGUUAAAAAGGCGAAACGAUUUUAUUUAUGCGGCUGUGAAGUUUUACAAAAGUUUUAACAAAAAAUUUCCGUAAUUUUAUUUAUUGCAUUUUAUUAUGACUACCGAAUUUACAAUCUGUGAUUAUGUGGAAAAGCAAUUACAGAAACCAGUGUUGCGUAAAAUUGUCGUCAUUUUAAUUCCUUGUAAUGAUUUAAUGAGGAGAAAUAAUAUUAAAGUCUUCCAAAAAAGCCAGCAAAACUCGUUUCAGAUUGUUAUGAGCACGUGAGUUCAACACUUGAUUGCUUAUAAGAAUAUGAAACUGACGUUUUUAGGUUUUUUAUCUGCAAUAUACAUUAUACAUAAUCGCUUUGAUUUUUUUUAUUCUAUAAGUAGUUAAUUUUUUGGUGCUCAAGCCAAACGUAUCGUAUAAUUUUAAUUUAGAUUUUGCAAUAAUUGUGUACAAACUUUGUAGCCAUUCCUGUUCGUAGUCUUGCCAUUGUGCCAAGUCUGCCAACUUUAAUAAAAAAAGCACACACAAUUGUGAUCAUGUAAAACAUCCACUAAUGUGAAAAAUCGAUAUAACUUUAUUUAAAUUUUUUACAAAUA